AUGGCGGUGGUGUCCGGGUGUCACCCAGCCCCCUCCCCAGGCUUGGCCCUCAGCUUUGUGGCCAUGGGUGGCUGCCUGCCUGGCGCAGUGCACACACUGGUGUUCCUGAGCACGAGGCACCUGCUGCAGUGCCAGCCAGCUCCCUGCCAGCCCUUGCUCCCAGGAGAGUGCUUCCCACUGCUGUUCAGAGUAGUCUUCAUGGACGAUUGUUUCCUGCUGCUCAGCUUCCAGUAACUGCUGCAAGAGUGUGCCCACUGCAGUGGUGCCACACUCAGACCCUCUGAAGCCCACCAGCGCCUGGCCAGCCUCUGUCUGCACUCUGUGCACAGGGACUCCAGGCAGCCCUCUGUGGACAGCGAGGACAGCGUCUGAUACUUCUUGACCCACGGAUGCUUCACCUGCCUGUGGGAACUCAGCGUGCGUUCCUCUCUGCUCUCAGGGUGGUUGGAUCAGCUACUCAGCACCUUGCAGAUCCCCCUGGAGAACCUGGAAUUGGCCCUGCUGCCUGAGGACCUGCCGAUCCUGGCUUGAAGCUGUCUUGCUGCCCACCUCAAGAAGCUAGAACUGAGCGGCUAUGAUCUGUUUGGAAGCCACCUAGAGCCAUUCCAGGGCCUCCUGCAUUCAGCUUCCACCACACUGCUGCACCUGGAGGUGACUGAGUACCAGCAGGCUGACACCUGUCUGCUGGCCACUGUGUUCACCCACACUGCACUAGCCUCCCAUUACCUUGGUCUCUCUGGCAGUCCCAUGUCCACUGACCAACCCUCUCUUAGAGAGCUGCUUUGGAGCUCAGCAGCCCAGAUUGAGCUUCACACAGUAGUGCACCCCUUCCUAGGGCACUACCCUGAGGGCUUGCCCUGGCAAUCACUUGUCCCCAUCCUACAGGAGGUAGAAUUGCACCAGCUGCUUAUAGCCUCAGGCCGUGCCCACAUGCUCUGGACCACAGACAUCUGUGGGUGCCUGGCCAGACUACUUUAG